AUGUAUGAGAUAUAUGCGGCCGGCGCUGCGGCGGCGUUCACGGUGGACUGCCUGAUCUACCCGCUUGAUACCCUCAAAACGAGAUACCAAAGCCAGGACUUUGUCAAGACGUAUGCAUCCUCGCCAGGCAGCCCAAAGCCGCAGCUGUAUCGCGGCCUUUACCAGGGCAUCGGCAGUGUCAUCCUCGCCACACUGCCGGCAGCAAUCGGGCGGAUCACACAAGUCGACAUCGCUCGAGGCAAUGCGGCAUGUCACAGGCUCGGGGGCGAGCAGACGUUUGUUCUCCGGUUACACGGCUCUUGUUGCGCGCAACUUGCCGUUUACGGCCCUCCAGUUUCCAUUUUCGAGUACAUGCGACAGCAAACCUGGGACAGUCGACACCCGGGGCAGGCACACGACUCGCACGGGCUGCUCGAGACGGCCGCAGUCAAUGGCGUGAGCGCUGGUUCGGCGGGAGGAUUUGCAGCCUGGAUCACGACGCCGAGCGACGUUGUCAAGACGCGAAUGAUGCUGACAGCGGGCGAUGACAAUAAUCCGUCGUGGAACAAAACGAACCGGGGAAGCAUAGCUGUCGCGCAGGACGUGUACCGCCGCCACGGCGUCAAGGGGGCUGUUCCGCGGCGGACUUUUGCGUGCGAGCUGGACAGCUCUGGGUAG